AUGGCUUCCUCACCAUGCUGUGCCUCUUCAGGCACAAACUCGCCGCAGUUUCCUUCAGAUCCUUCUACACCUGCGACAGAGCUUGAAGAGCUCAACUUUGACAUCGCCCGUGACGACGAUAAGUAUGUUUUAGUUACAGGAGGACUGGGCUUCAUUGGAAGCCACACUUCACUGGAACUGCUCAAGGCGGGCUACAAUAUUAUCAUUGUCGACAAUUUGAGUAACAGCUUCGAGAAUGUUUUUGAGCGCAUCAACCAAGCCGCCAACUUACAUUGUGAGCGCACGGGUACUAUAUGCCCUAAGGCAAAGCUGUUCUGCGCAGAUUAUCAGGAUACAGCUGCCAUGAACAUUCUAUUGUCAUCACAUGCCGUCCGAACUCCUGGAAGUACAGAGCAAACAUCCAACAUCACCGGCGUUAUUCACUUCGCAGCCUACAAGGCUGUAGCAGAGAGUAUUGCGCAACCGCUUAAAUACUACCGGAAUAACGUCAAGGGACUGAUCGACCUACUCAGCCUCCUGGGUGACUAUAACAUCAAGUCUUUUAUCUUCUCUUCUUCUGCAAGUGUAUACGGGACCUUGUCGGAAGGACUGCCUCGCCUGCGAGAAGAAGACUGCGUGCAUGAACGGGAAGGCUAUGUCGCACCAAAUGGCGAGCUAGUCAACACUGAAUCAGGCUUCACAGGAAUCACCAACCCGUACGGUCGGAGCAAGUUUUUUGGAGAGGCCAUUCUGGCAGAUUUGUGCAAAUCAGAUCCCUCGUGGACGGUGCUGGGCCUACGUUACUUCAACCCAAUUGGAUGUGACGAGUCAGGUCUUCUGGGUGAAGAUCCGAGAGAGAGCGCAUCCAAUCUCUUCCCUGCUGUUGUGAGAGUCUUGACUGGUCAGACCCCGGAACUCUACAUCUACGGGAAUGAUUGGAAUACUCCUGAUGGUACCGCAGUCCGCGACUUCAUCCAUGUUACCGAUCUUGCGCGGGGCCAUAUCGCCACUUUGUCCGCUGCUCAGAAUGGGCGCAUCAUGGGUUCUUUCCGCACUUUCAAUCUGGGCACUGGAUCUGGUCAUUCUGUCACUGAGGUCGUGCAGAACAUGGAGUCUGUCAGCCAGCGGCCGAUUCCUUGUAAGCUUGUUGGUCGACGACCUGGGGAUGUGGGAUCUUGCGUUGCCAUUGCCGAUCGGGCUGGGUUUGAAUUGGGAUGGAAGACUGAGAAGUCAUUACGAGAUGCUUGUCAGGAUCUUUGGAACUAUCUCAGGAUAGAAAAUUCUGUUUAA